ACUACAAGGAUCAGAGUGGAACUAAGCUUUGCAAAACCAUCCCCUUAUGUAUUCAAAGUUCAUGGAAUGGGAGUGUGGAAUUUUCCCUCAAUUGACAGAAAACUAAGAAUGGUUGUAUGGGAAUUUUUGCAACAAAGGAGAAGCAACGUGCUAACACACUGUUAUUUAGGAAGAAUAUAACUCACUGCCUCUUCUUGGGAGACUACGCCUUUAAGAAUCCGCAGACACUAUUUACCAACAGCUGACUUUUUCUAGGCAGUGGUGCACUUUAUGGGUGUCUCUGAAGUUGUGAAACAGGAUAUAAGCCGGAGACAAAUUAACAUCUUUCUGUGUAGAUAUUUUGAUUGCACAUUUAGUUUUUACAAGUAUCCUAUUCAGGUAACACCAGAUAUUUGAGCCCCAUCGUUUUUGCUUAACCAGGUGGCUAGUGCUGAAUCUUUCAACCCAACACCAUGAGUUUUGCUGAGCUCUUAGACCACGUCGGGGGCAUGGGCCGCUUCCAAAUCAUCUAUGUUAUCUUACUGGCUCUUCCAGUUUUUAUGAUGGCCAGCCAUAACCUCCUGCAGAAUUUCACCGCGGUCGACUCUGAGCACCACUGCCAUGUCCAUAUCAACAUCAACGACACUCCUUACACCAACCUCAGUGGAAUGAUCGGUGCCAAGGACCUGCUCAGGGUUUCCAUCCCCUUCGACAACAACCAGCAGCCAGAGAAGUGUCACCGUUUUGUCACCACUCAGUGGCAGCUCCUAGAUCCCAACGUUACAGUCACAAACAUAACCAAAUUGGAGACUGAACCCUGUGCUGAUGGGUGGGUGUACGAGAAGGACUUUUUCACCAGUUCUAUCGUUACAGAGUGGGACCUCGUGUGUGAUUCCCGGCAGCUGAAGCAGAUGGCUCAGUCCCUCUACAUGGCCGGGAUCCUGGUGGGAGGCAUCAUCUUUGGAGGCCUGUCAGACAGGUUUGGACGCAGAUCUCUCUUGAUCUGGUGCUACUUGCAGAUGGCCAUCACGGGCACGUGCUCUGCCUUCUCACCCAGCUUCACUGCCUACUGCAUCUUCCGCUUCCUGACUGGAAUGGCCUUCUCGGGCAUCGUGCUGAACGGUGUCUGUCUAUCUGUGGAAUGGACACCCACCCACACCCGGGCCAUUGUGGGCACCAUGUAUGGCUACUGCUACACGACCGGGCAGUUCAUUCUGGUAGGGGUGGCUUACGUCAUCUCCAGUUGGCGAUGGCUGCAGCUUGUGGUGUCUUUGCCCUACUUCAUCUUCUUCAUCUACUCCUGGUGGUUUGCAGAGUCUGCCCGCUGGCUGGUGAUGACUGGCAGACAUGACCAUGCAGCUCAGCAGCUCAAGAGAGUGGCCAGGAUAAAUGGGAAGAAGGAAGAAGGAGACAAAUUCAACACAGAGGCCUUGAUAUCCAACAUGCAGAAGGAAAUAGCCUCUUCAAAGAGCAGUUAUACCUUCAUUGACCUGGUGAGGACCCCUGUCAUGCGCCGGAUCUCCUGUUGCCUCUGCUUUGUAUGGUUCUCCACUAGCUUUGCCUAUUAUGGGUUGGCCAUGGACUUGCAGAAUUUUGGUGUCAAUAUCUUCUUGAUCCAGCUGGUCUUCGGAGCUGUCGAUUUCCCAGCAAAGUUCAUCUCGGUCCUCACAAUUAGUUUCAUCGGACGCCGGUUCACACAGGCCUGUGUCCUCAUCCUGGCUGGACUCUCUAUCAUAGCCAACAUCUUUGUCCCACAAGAUCUGAAGACCCUACGUACGGUUCUGGCUGUCUUUGGAAAAGGCUGUCUUGCUGCCUCCUUCAACUGUGUCUACCUCUACACAAGUGAGCUGUACCCCACAGUGGUUAGACAGACCGGCAUGGGCUUGACCAACACUAUGGCACGUCUGGGCAGCAUGACUGCCCCAUUGGCGAAGAUGUUAGAGGAUUACAUGCCCUCCCUGCCACUCAUCAUUUAUGGGGGUGCCCCAAUCAUCUCCGGCAUCACAGCUGCCUUCCUGCCAGAGACACUCAAUGUGCCAUUGCCUGAGACUAUAGAAGAAGUGGAGAGACAAUCCAAGCAUCUGAGAGAUGAGGAACAACAAAUGAAGAUCCUUCUGAAAUCCACCAUGCCAGACCCAGCCAAGGAAGCCAGUUAAGGAAAGAAAAAAUUAGCAACCAUUGUAGGGCAAUGGGUAAUUUUUUCCAAAAGUGCUUUAGGAGCCUAUAUUCCAUUUUCAGCAGUGACUUAGCCACUUCAUGAGAGUUAAGUGCCUCACCUACCUCACAUUUGAAAAUGUGGCUCCAAAUCACUUUUGAAAAUGGGGGCUUAGGCACUUUUGAAGAUUCUCCCCUGUCUGUUUUACUGUUUUAAUCACACCAGAAGUGUGCAGGCAUCAGUGAUAACUCUGUAGGGGUUCAACUUGCACUUAAUGCAGCGAAUUAACCUCUUCAAACAGCAUAU